AGUCAAACUCCCAAUUAUAAAUAUAUUGUCUAAUUCCUCUUCUCUGCGGUUAUCUUCUAGUUUGCCUUCAUUUUUCUCUUCUCUAGCAUUACAUGGGUUCCUAAUAGACCCCAAUGGAUGAUGAGAAAGAGAAAAAGUGAAGAUAGGAAGGAUAUCAAAAGUUUUAGAAGUAUCACUUGUCUCAUAGUUAACAUAAUUUUAUUGGAGAUGCGGGUUUUAACUGAAAAAAUAGGAACAAAAAUGCAAAGAUGAAGAUUGUAAACGAUUACAAGUACUAAGAGAGCAUGAAAGAGGUUAUGUGUUUUCACCUUAGAGCAUCGCCGAGAGUGUGUUGCCACCCUGUCAAAGCACACAUCCUUCCUCUAUUUAAGAUGUUGGAAGUCGAAUGAAAAAGUUUUGUUCUUUGCUAGCAUAGAUGACGUAUACUAUUACGAUGGAAUGAUGAGGCAUUGGAAGAGAAACAAAGGGGAAUACCGAAGGGGAUUAUCAUUAGGGUUAAAUGGAGAUGUUAUGUGUGGUUUUGAACAAAAUUUAAUCUUGAUGUGGGAUUGGAGUAACUCAGAGAUUGGUGAUACGAGUGAGGUGUGACCUAAUAACUAGAUUUGUGUUUUUCCACUCAUAAACUUUUAAAAUCCUUUCUAAUAAGAGUCAAGCUAAACUAAAAUCUUUUCGAUAUACUUUUCUUUUUACUGAUUGUGUAUUGUCAACCUGUGAAAGCACUCUCCUUUCUUCUAUUUGGGAUGUUGGAAGCCAAUCAGAAAAUCCAUGUUCGUUGCUAGCAUAGAUGAUGUAUGCUAUUACGAUAGAGUAUAAUUAUGAUGCAUUGGUAGAGAUAUGAGUGGGAAAUGCUAAGGAUGAUCGUCAUUACUAUUGAAGGGAGACAUCUAGUUUGUGGUUUUAAACAAAAUUUAAUCUUGAUGUGAGAUUUGAAUAAUCAAAACUCUAAAGAUUGGUUAUAAGUAGUUUGUUGUGAAAGGAAAACAUAUUCUUUGAUCUAUUUGUUUCUCUGAUAUAAGGGGGCAUGUGAUAGUAAAUUUGAAUAAUGAAGAGUUGGUGGUUUUGAAAUCUGAAGUUAGGGAGGGAUAACGUUAUACAUGUAUUGAUAGUCCAAGAGUCACUGGUCUGUGCUUUCGUAGUAUAUCGUCAUGGUUCAUUGUAAGUGGCAACAUCAAUGACAAAUAAUAUAAGAAAUCCAAUGAGGUGAGCAGUGUGAGUUGAAACCCAAGGUACCGUGCUCAUUGGCAAGUGAUAAUGACGGGCCUGUAAGGAUUUGGGCACGAGCGGUAGAUAGAACUAUAACAACACACUAAACUCAGAAGUUCAUUUUUUGUUUCCCUCGAUCGCCCACUAACCACUGAUCUUUCAUUAUGGCGUACUCCGUAUUUUUUCAACUGCUCACUUUCUAAGACCAUUGCAUCUCAGCGUCUUCAAAGUUUAGCCUCUUCCAUAGCACUGCGAUUGAAGGCUAGAAGGCCGUUGGUUUUUUGGUGGAAACCAAUGGAUAUUAUUGCUGACAUUUUCCAGGUCAAUAACGUCACACUUCAAAAACACCACCACCAUUUUAAAGUGGAUCAUAAAGUGUUUAUUACCCCAAAUGUGAAGCCACUAGAUGCAUCAUUCAAAGAUUGGUCAAUGCAAUUCAAGGCCAGGCUUGAUAUAGGGAACGAAUGGCUAUGGAUGGAUUCUUGGAGGAGGUAUUGUGGAGGCUCUUGAUGGGAUUCAUAUUGGUGAUUGCUUCUUAACGUGAUACAGACAUCAAACCACGAGAACAAUAACGUUGGUUGUGAGAGUUACAUGUCUUUCGGUUCUCUCAAGAAGAAAGGUAAGGGUGAAACCUCCCAGUGCCAAGUGAAUGAAGAAGAAUGAAAUACAUCAGUGCCUGCUGCAACUCCAUGUAAUACAUCUUUUUAAUAAGAUUCACUUGAAGGCUAAGGCUCAUAACUGCCCCUUCAUUUAAUCCUAAUAUUAUCCUAAGGUAAAAUAUUUCUUUUACUCUCUCUUUUGAAUUUUUGAACUACUCCCUCCGUCCCAGAGUAUUUGUCUACUUUUGACUUUUUUUGGUCAAAAUUGGUAAACUAUACAAAAAUAGUUUUAUUAAAUUUAUUAUAUAAAAUAUUUUCAAAAUAUUCUUUUACCUAAUUAAUAUACAAUAUAUAUUUUAUUUAAUUAUAGUUCAAAUGUUGAAAACGGUUAACUGAAAAAAGUCAAAACUACACAAAUACUUUAGGACGGAGGUAAUAUAUGCUAGAUAAAUUUAGGUUCAAUUUUGUGUCAAAUUGUUUAAAUUUUCCAUAAUGCAAUGUCUUCCCCAUUCGUAAACUCAUGUACACAAUAGGUAUAAAAGGUGUGCGCUCACACUUUUGAAAUAUAUCAAAUAGUGACUAGAAAAAAUGCUUUAGACGUUAUUGAAUUCUUUUGACAUUUACAUUUGAGAUAUUUAAUUCUUUUUUGUGUAGGACCUCAGGCGCUACCAACUCUUCUAAAACCAAUUGGUGUUAGAAGAGACGCAUACCCUAGCUUUAUAGUGUAUUCAUCACACAAGUGCCCACGACAUUUGAUUGUAACUUGGCCCACAUAGCCUCCGCCACGGGACAAUUGCUGCACACAUGGCCAACAAUCUCCCCCUCAGCAAUUGCUCCGCUGCUCGUGACCUUGGCUUUGAUACCACUUGUAGGACCUCAGGCGCUACCAACCCUUCUAAAAUCAAUUGGUGUUAGAAGAGGCGCAUACCCUAGCCUUAUAGUGUAUUCAUCACACAAGCGCCCACGACAUUCGAUUGUGACUUGGCCCACAUAGCCUCCGCCACGGGACAAUUGCUGCACACAUGGCCAACAUUUUGUUGAUUAUUUUUUUACUUAGGUCAUUUUUAAAUGGUCUUUCUUCAAAUAAAGACGGGAUUGAUUGCUACAAAAAUUGUAUUGACCGUAUAAGAUGUUUCCUUUUCUUUUUGAAAGAGAUAUGAAGAGCUCUUUGUACAUUC